CGUCAUUUCCUCUAAUCAGUAUUCGAGUUACAGAACAUGGUUGACAAAAUUUAGUUAUCUGUUUUUGUUUUGUUUCACCAUGGUUAGUUUGGAGUUGAGUUUAAUUCUACUUUUUAGAGUAUGGUUGGUAGCAUCACAGGUUGCGAAUGAAUGUCCAAUCGGAUGGGUAGAAUACGCCGGAAGCAGAUGUUUCAACUUUCACUUUUACCCGCCUAGAAACUAUAUCGAGGCUACAGUGGGUUGCCAGGUUGAUGGCGCAUACGUCCUGAGCGUCAACACACGUGAGGAAUUUGACUUUAUUUCUGAUUGGUUGACGAAGAAUGACCAGAACAGGAAAAACCAAUGGUGGACGAGCGGAGUGGGCAGGGGAGAUAACAUGAGGUGGGAAGGGGAUGGAACUCGUGUGUUGUCUACUCCGGACUACUGGCAUUUUGAAGGAGACUAUAAUUCAAUUGAGAAGGGCAAUAAUCUUGUUUACAGCUACUCAACAAUAUCAAGCCAGUUUAAAUGGGACAGGACCAAACAAACAGAACAGCUCUCCUAUGUCUGUGAGAUAAGUCUCGAUGAGGCCUAUAGAAUCGUUCAACAAGACAGAGAUCACAUGUUUGGCACCAAUGUAACCAACCCUAAUGAUGUGAUGUAUGGACCAAAAAUUAUUGUACAGCCUCAGACUAUUGUAGUGGUGGGAGACAUCAGUGAGGUGCAUGUGGAAUGUGUGGCUGUGAGUAACCCCCAACCAAAAUAUGAAUGGUACAAGAAAUCAAGGACAGGGGAGCUAACUCUGGUGGAGACCAACAGCUACUACACCAUAACUAAUGGUAAACUGCUCAUCUCCAGGCCAGUAGGAAACAGGGAUGAGGGUGUCUACCAGUGUAUGGCGAUAAACAUCCUCGGAUCAGUUAUUUCUAAUCCUGUUGAAAUUAAUUUUGGAUAUUUGCAAGAAUUUUCCAAUGAUCCGCCUGGUUCUGUGACAGCUCUUAUGUACAAGGGUACGGUCUUAAGCUGCAAGCCACCCCUAUACAAUCCAGCAAUACACAUCAGAUGGUACAAGGAAGAUGGCGGCCCCAACUUCCUGAGAACUGACCUUCACCCUCAUCAAUUUGUUUCUCUCAACGGCAAAGCUUAUUUAUCUGAAACUUCAAAUUCAGAUGCAGGUUUUUAUCACUGUUUUGUGGCACUGGUGGCUCCAGUGGGUCAGGAAAUGGCUUCAGAACAGUGGCAGAGCAGGACAAGUCUGGGAAUCAAAUUGGUCAUUACAGGCGAUUCUCCAAGUAAUUAUGGUCCAGAAAUUCACAAUGAUUUUCCUGCUGUUUUUCCUGUUCCAUCCCUCAGAGGCAAUCUUCUUACAAUAGAAUGUUUUGCUUAUGGAAAAUUACCACUUCACUACUCCUGGAAGAAAGACAAUGGCCCAUUACCCAACAAGGCAGAGUUAUCUGAACAUGGGCGUGUCAUAACUUUACCUAAUGCCCAACUAGAGGAUGCUGGGAAUUACACAUGUAGGGUAGAGAGGGGCAGCAGUGGUAUGGCUGAGAAGUCCAUGAACUUGGUCAUACAAGCAAAGCCAUUCUUCAUCUUCCCACUGAAGGACCAGCACAUAGACGUCAACAGUCCCUUAACUUGGAGAUGUGAGGCCAUUGGAGUACCAGCACCAGUGUAUACUUGGUACAAAAAUGGGAAAAUUAUUGGUAACAUUGAAGGAGAAACUGAAGUUCGAACAAACAUACUGACUAUUCACAACGCGGACCCCAUCAAACACAAUGGGAUGUACCAGUGUGAGGCUAAAAAUACACACGGCUCAACAUUUAGUUCAGCUCAGAUUAGGGUGCUUGCGUUCAAGCCAUCCUUUGAAAGACGACCUUUGAACCCAUCUCAGAUGGCAACAGAGGGUGGGUCAGUAACAAUACGCUGCCAACCAGAGGCAGCACCGCAACCUACACUGUCCUGGAUGAAGGACGGAGUCCCACUCUCAUUGUCUGAAGAUACAGAUGCCAAACUGGUACAGCUACCAAAUGGCAACUUGCAAAUAAAUGAGUUACAGAAAAGUGAUGAGGGCAUUUACCAAUGUACAGCUACUAAUUACUUGGGAUCAGCUAGCAGCUCUGGAAAACUUAGGAUUGUGUCUAAGACAACAAUGAUAGUGACCCCUAUCAGCACAAGAGUAGAUGUGAACUCAACAGCUUUUCUAGGCUGUCAAGCAUCGUAUGACAGUAAACAAAAGGACCUUGUCUAUGUCUGGGACAUAUUUGGGAGACAGAUUAAUUAUGCCAUUGAGCCACAUUACAUGCAGGGAGAUAGAGGGUCUGUACCUGGUCUUUACAUCACUAAUGCUCAAGUGUAUCACACUGGGGAGUACGGAUGUACAGCUGUCUCAGUUGAUGAUUCCAUCCGUGUUACAGCCACACUAACUGUAUAUGGUCCACCUGGAGAGUCUGGUGGAGUAAUUGCCGCCAUCAGUGGCAGGAAUGCCACUGUCAAGUGGGUGAUUGGUCCAAACAACAAUGCAGACAUCACAAAAUUUCACAUUGAGUUCAGUACAAAUUUUAACCACACUUGGAGGGUAAUAAAGAAUGACAUUACCUUAGUCGAGGCUAUUGACCACAACAGAGUAGGCAGGUGCUUGUAUGAUGUCCAUGACCUUAAGCCAGGGUCAUCCUACAGGUUCAGAGUGGUUGCUUACAACAGAUAUGGCAGAGGUCCACCAUCUUUACCAUCAUCCUACUAUAAAAUACCUGAUGCAGCACCUGCUGUCCCUGUAAAUAAGAUCAGUGAGAGUUGGGGGCCUGUUGGUACUUUGGCUAUAGAAUGGGAGCCUUUGAGUGAGGAGGACCUGACAGGAGAAAAUGUUGGCUAUACAGUUUACUAUAGGAAAAAAGCGAAUACAGAUACAAAAUGGAGUGUGGAAGAUGUUCCUGGUAGAGAGACGAAAUUCUCUGCAUUGAUUGGUGCAGAAAAUUAUUAUUUAGAAUAUGAAAUAAAAAUUGGAGCUUUCAACAGUAUGGGCCGAGGCCCUAACUCUACCGUACAGAUCAUUAUGUCUCAGCCAGACAUGCCAUUAGGAGCAGCAACUAAUGUGCAUGUUGAAUCUUAUAAUGCAACAUGUCUUCGAGUUAUUUGGACACCAAUUCCUGAAAUCAGGGAAUAUGUUCGAGGAAAAGUAGUUGGAUAUGGGAUUAACUACUGGAUACCAGGCAAAGACAUGGAGUCUUCCAACAUGUACUGUGAUGACCAGGAAAAUGGUGACUGUGGGUCAGUUCUGCUGGUUGGCCUUGACCCAUUUUCAUACUACUGGGUCAAUGUCCAGGUUUUUACUUCAGCUGGCAUGGGGACAUUGAGUGAAGAUGACUACGGUCAGACAUUCCAUUCUCCUCCUAAACUGUACCCUGAGUAUGUCCACAUAAGAUCCCACACUGGUAAUGCUGUGUUUGUUACAUGGAAGGGGGUUUCAUCACAGGCUGAUGAAGAGCCAAUCAUCGGAUACAAGCUGCGAUGGUGGCCCUCCACAGAAAACAUCCGUAGUGCAAACAUUACAGUCAUUGGUGAACGGCGCACCUUUGGUCCCAUCCAUGGAGUAAGUCGAGGAAUUGUCUACUCACUUAGAGUGAUGGGUUACAGUCUUGGGGGGGAUGGUGUCAACAGUCCUACUGUUUAUUUUACACUUGAGGGUCAAGUUAUUUAUAACCCAGAAACAACUGAAAUCUUGAACUUUUCAAACAUUAAAAAAGGGAAUACAUUUUUAAUUUUUAUAAUUAUAGCUCUCUAUAAAUACUGUUUUGGAUUGUAAAUAAAUUAAAUUUCUUUGAAAAUCCUGUAAAUAUUUCAAGCUUUAAUUAUGUGUAAAUGUUUUAACCCUCCACAAACUAACAUACAAAAUUGGUUUAUCAUCUAAACUAUUUGUUAUUGUAUUAUACAUGUCUAUUUUCCACUGGUCAAAAUAGUACUGCUCAUAAUGUCCUGUUUAACACAUAAUUAUUAUUGUGCUGAAGUGAUUAAUAUAUAAGUUUAUAUAUAUAUAU